AUGGUCAAAAUGAGUUCCAUAGCUUUACUAUUAUCCCUAAUCACUUUCAUUUUUAUCUUCUUGGUUUCUAUAACUUUUUGCUCUCAAGAAGAUCGAUCUAUAUACUUGGUCUUAUUGGAAGGAGAUGCGGUUGCAUUUCAUGGAGCUUCACAAAAUGAUGAUUCAUCAAUGGUUCACCUCAGCAGAGAAGCUUCGAAGGCACGUGAAAAACACUUAUUGGCAACUCACAAUACGCUUCUACAAAGCACUUUGAAAAAUGGAAGUUACAAUAAACUCCACAGCUACAAACACAUAAUCAAUGGCUUCUCUGUCCACACAACACCUUCCCAGGCAAAAAGACUGAGAGCUACACCAGGAGUGAAGUUGGUAGAGAAAGACAGAGGAGUGAAACUAUUGACAACAUACACUCCUGAUUUUCUCAAGUUACCACGAGGAGUAUGGGCACAAGAAGGAGGAGAAAAAAAUGCAGGUGAUGGAGUUGUUAUCGGUGUUAUUGACAGUGGCAUUAAUCCACUUCAUCCAAGUUUUGGUUCUCAACCUUUCACUUCAAAUGUCUCUCACUUUUCUGGUGCUUGUAUGACUGGUCCACACUUUCCACCUGGUUCUUGCAAUGGAAAGAUUAUUUCAGCUAAAUAUUUUUCAUCUGGUGCUCAAGCUAGUCCUACCUUUAAUGCUUCUGUGGAUAUUCUUUCCCCCUAUGAUGCUGAUGGACAUGGCAGUCAUGUGUCAUCUAUUGCUGCUGGAAAUGCUGAUGUUCCUGUUAUAGUAAAUGGUUUUUGCUAUGGACGAGCCAGCGGAAUGGCACCGCGUGCAAGGAUUGCUGUUUAUAAAGCUAUCUAUCCAUCUGUGGGAACUCUAGCAGAUGCUGUUGCAGCUAUCGAUCAAGCUGUUCAAGAUGGGGUAGAUAUCAUAUCACUAUCUAUUGGACCAAGUAAACCAACAGAAGAUACAUUGACAUUUCUCAGCAUCUUUGAUAUUACCUUAUUAUUUGCAAGAAAAGCGGGAGUUUUCGUGGCACAAGCUGCAGGUAAUAGUGGUCCAUUAUCUUCAACUGUAGUGUCAUUCAGUCCUUGGAGUGUCGGUGUUGCCGCGUGCAACACAGACAGAAGAUAUCUUGCUUCAAUUAUUCUUGGAAAUGGCACAAUGGUUGAUGGCGUUGGACUAUCAGGACCAACUUUUGGAAAUGGGACAGUUUACCAUAAACUUGUAUUAGCAAAGGAUGCACUAAAAACAAAUGGAACAUUUCCAAGGACAUCGGAGUACAUAGAAGAGUGUCAACAUCCAGAAGCUUUUGAUCCUACUAAAGUGUUUGGAAGUGUCAUUAUCUGCAACUUCUCGGAAGGAUUCCUUAAUGGAUUCUCAACACUUUCUAACAUUAUCGACACCGCCAAGGCCCUAAAAUUUGAGGGUUUUAUUCUGACUGCAAACCCGAGCUAUGGCGAUUAUAUUGCAGAGGCAAUUCCCUUUGCUAUUUCUGGUACCUUGAUUCCUUCUGUAGCAGAUUCCGAGGUUAUAAUGCAAUAUUACGAAAAACAAACAAAGAGGGACGAGAAUGGAACUGUUACAGAAUUUGGUGCUUGGGCAUCUACAGGGGAAGGAAGGGUUGCCUCUUUCAAAGGGCGAUCACCGGUUGUUAGUAGAUUUUCUUCAAGGGGUCCAGAUAUCAUUGAUGCAAACAGAAGUCUUGCUGAUGUACUUAAACCUGAUAUUCUUGCUCCAGGACACCAGAUAUGGGGUGCAUGGAGCCCUAUUAGUGCCAAACUACCUAUGUUAACAGGACACAAUUUUGCAUUAUUAUCUGGUACCAGCAUGGCAGCGCCUCAUGUGGCUGGAAUCGCAGCACUAAUCAAGCAACAUAAUCCAUCAUGGACUCCAUCUAUGAUAGCAUCUGCAAUCACCACAACAAGCUCAAAGUAUGACAAUCUUGGAGAUCCUAUGAUGGCCGAAGGCUAUGAGCCCCACUCAUUGCAUCGUUCCACUCCUUUCGAAUAUGGGGCGGGCAUUGUGAACCCCAGUCGUGCCAUUGAUCCAGGCCUGGUACUGUCAACAGAUUAUGUAGACUUCAUCAGAUUCCUAUGCUCUUUGCCAAACAUCGAAGCAAAUAUAAUAACUACAGCGACGGGAGAACCUUGCAAUAGCCCAUUUGACCAUCCAUCUAAUUUAAACCUUCCAUCAGUGACAAUAUCUGCACUGAAAGGAUCAAUUUAUGUGAGAAGAACUGUGAUGAAUGUAGGGAACAGUACAGAGACAUACUUGGGCUCUGUUCUAGCUCCUAAUGGAACUACAGUUAACCUGAAUCCAACUUGGUUUACCAUAAGUCCACAAGGAACACAAGAUCUGGAUAUACAAAUCAAUGUCGUUCGACCAAUGGAAGACUUUCACUUUGGUGAAAUUGUUUUGACAGGAAGUAUGGACCACAUAGUAAGAAUUACUUUGUCAGUUGUGCCAGUUUCAACAUAAUGAAUUAUGUGCCUAAAAAAAAAGCAUAAUGAAUUAUGUAAAUGUAAUAGAGUGGAGCAAAACAAAACAUAUAAAACUUGUC